CAGCGACCUCCUGACGUGUUCCUGCAGUCGGUACAGAGCCACCGACGGCUCGUUCGCCAGCACGUACAUGCUCUCUGUGAACUUGUCAGUCACUGCAGGGUCAAACACACACAUAGACAACACGACAUUAGACACAACACAGGGAAGCGUCAGGCAUCAGGGGGACAGGGAGGAGAGACGCUCGGCUGAACACAAUCCUGGUGGUGCAGAGCUAGCUUAGCGGCUAAGACGAGCUAACGACUACUAGCAUGGCUGCGAGGUGACAAUGAGUGAUCAUGGAGGCCAGAGGUGAAGAUGAGGCUGCAGAUGUUAGAAAUACGUGUAACUCUGAUGCAAGUCCCUGCGACUCCAGAGAUGACAGGUCCUAUGAGAUCAUGGAUGUGGAUGAAGACGGUUUGUUCAGACCCUCCACCACUUUGACCAACAAGCAGCGUGGGAAUGAGGUCACCGUGCGUCCAGCGACUUUAGACUCUCUAUCCAUACACCAGCUGGCAGCUCAGGGCGAGGUUUCACAAGUGGCUGCACACCUGAGUAAAGACAUGUCACUGCUCAGCAAGCAGGACGAACGGGGCUUCACUCCUCUCAUGUGGGCAGCAGCGUUUGGAGAGAAAGCAGUGGUGGAUUUUCUCUUGGAAAAGGGUGCAGACCCCAAAACAAUAGCAACGGAGCGAGAGAGUGCACUGACCCUGGCCAGCUCUGGAGGUUACGUGGACAUCGUUGAGUCUCUUCUCAGGCACGGAGUCGACAUCAACACUUACGACUGGAAUGGUGGAACUCCUCUUCUCUAUGCUGUACGAGGGAACCACAUCAAAUGUGUGGAGGUGCUCUUAGCAAAGGGAGCAGACAUGACCAUUGAGUCCGACUCUGGGUACAGCCCAACGGCCUUAGCUGUUGCGCUUGGACACAAAAAGAUUCAGAAAGUGUUGGAGGACCAUAUUCUGAAACUCUACAAGCCAACACCAACAGCAACAUGACACAUUUGAUCUCAGAGGACAUAGACCUCUGUUACAACUUAUUGUAAUAGACUAUUACAUGUGCAGAUACAUUUACCCUUAGUAAGCUGCAUUUUAAUUCAUGAAGCAUUUAUUCCAUGUAUGUGCAUUACCCUGUAUGUAUGCAGUGGGUGAAGGACAGCAAGAAAUGACUGUAAACAAGUUUUAAUAAAAAUGUAUUUUUAUACCGUU